CGCGCGAGGCGGAGCGUCAUUCACCCGGUGGCUGAUAGUGUAUAAAGUUGUCAUAUUUUCAUCUGUCACGUCAGUUUUUAAUGUCAGAUCAUGAAUUUGUUUUAAGGUCGAGUUUCGUAUUAUUUACAACCAUUGCCUCAGGAAGCGUAAGAGCGCGGAAUAUCGAUCAGUGAUCAGUUAUCGAUCACCAUGCCGCCCGUUGAGAAUGAACCAGGUCGCGAGCAGAUCCGAUUACGGAUCAAAGAUCUGAUCGAUUCUAAUCAAGUGCUCGUGUUUAGUAAGAGCUACUGUCCGUACUGUCUCAAGGUGAAGGAACUCUUCAAAGAGCUGAAUGUGAAAUGUAACGCUAUAGAGCUCGACCUGAUGGAGGACGGAUCCAACUACCAAGACCUGCUGCAUGAGAUGACCGGGCAGAAAACCGUCCCCAGUGUUUUCAUCAAUAAGAAACACAUUGGCGGCUGUGACAACACUUUAAAGGCUCACAAAGAUGGCGUCCUGCAGCAGCUGUUGGGUGAAGGGAGCGAGGUGUACGACUAUGACCUCAUCGUCAUUGGAGGCGGCUCUGGAGGCCUGGCGUGCUCAAAGGAAGCAGCGGUUUUGGGUAAGAAGGUCAUGGUUCUGGAUUAUGUCGUCCCGACGCCGAAAGGCACGACCUGGGGUCUGGGUGGCACGUGUGUGAAUGUGGGCUGUAUACCUAAGAAACUCAUGCAUCAAACGGCACUGCUGGGCACAGCCAUGCAAGACGCACGCAAGUUCGGCUGGGAGUUCAGUGAACAGGUGACCCACAACUGGGAGACGAUGAAAACUGGUGUAAAUAACUACAUCGGUUCAUUGAACUGGGGCUACAGGGUUGCCUUGCGUGACAAAAACGUCAAUUACGUCAAUGCGUUUGCAGAGUUUGUGGAGCCACACAAGAUCAAGGCGACAAACAAGCGUGGUAAAGAGAUGUUUUAUACGGCAGCUAAGUUUGUGGUGGCGACAGGAGAAAGACCUCGUUACCUGGGCGUCCCUGGAGAUAAAGAGUACUGCAUCACCAGUGAUGACCUGUUCUCCUUGCCCUACUGUCCCGGGAAGACUUUACUGAUCGGAGCGUCGUACGUCUCUCUGGAGUGUGGCGGUUUUCUGGCCGGUUUGGGCCUGGACGUCACUAUCAUGGUUCGCUCCAUUCUGUUGCGAGGGUUCGACCAGGACAUGGCCAAUCGUGCGGGUGAAUACAUGGAGACUCACGGAGUCAAAUUCCUCAGGAAGUUCGUUCCUGUCAAGAUAGAGGAGCUUGAAGCUGGAACACCAGGCCGACUGAAGGUGACGGCCAAAUCUACAGAGACUGAUGAAAUCAUCGAAGGAGAAUACAACACUGUAUUGAUUGCAGUUGGUCGUGAUGCCUGUACGGGUAAUAUUGGACUGGAUAAAGUUGGAGUUAAAGUCAACACUAAAAACGGGAAGAUUCCAGUUAAUGAUGAGGAACAGACGAAUGUUCCUCAUAUCUACGCCAUUGGAGACAUUCUGGAGGGAAAGUGGGAGCUGACGCCUGUUGCCAUCCAGGCAGGAAAACUCCUGGCUCGCCGCCUCUUCGCUGGAUCCUCACUGAAGUGUGACUAUGUGAACGUCCCUACUACCGUCUUCACUCCUAUGGAGUACGGCAGCUGUGGUUAUCCUGAGGAGAAAGCUGUGGAGAUCUACGGCCAGGAGAACCUUGAGGUCUAUCACAGUUUGUUUUGGCCGCUGGAGUUCACGGUUCCCGGCCGGGACAACAACAAAUGCUACGCCAAGAUCAUCUGCAAUAAACUCGACAACGAUCGUGUAAUUGGCUUUCAUUAUUUGGGUCCUAACGCUGGUGAAGUCACGCAGGGAUUUGGUGCUGCCAUGAAAUGUGGGAUCACCAAAGAUCAACUAGACAACACCAUCGGCAUUCAUCCCACCUGUGCUGAGAUCUUCACCACUAUGGAGGUGACCAAAAGCUCAGGUGGUGACAUCACUCAAUCUGGCUGCUGAGGUUAAACCCUGCUUGUUUAACAGGCUGUCAGUUACUAGUUGAAACUAGUUAAUACUGGUGAUCUUCCCUCUCCUCUCAGCGUAUAAACAUCGAGUCUUUUAGUAUUCUUUCUCAGGUCAUCCACAAACACAUCAGAUUAAUGUGAUGCCGCUCUGAUCUCAGGAGCCUCUCGUGUCUCUGUAGUUUUCCUGUAUCCUCAUCCCUUCAGAAACCAUCUGGAUCCAUUCCUGCUCGUGAUGGAAGAGUCCAGAAGGAAUUUAGUGAUGGAUGAAGUCUGGGCCAAAAUGAAUGAGACACGAUGAUGGCUCUUCAGAGGCGGAGCUUCAUUAGAUUCAAAGAGACCAAUGGUGAGGUGAGGAGCUGGUGAUUGACAGCCUGUUAGACAGCGGGGUUACUCUGCUUACAUCCAUCGACAAAGUCAGAAAUGCACCAAUGAGUGUCUGUGAUUCACAUGUACAAAGUUAUACGCACACACUCGAUCACUCGUGGUGCUCUUUGACGUUUUAGCCCGUAAUGCACGUUUAGUGGAGGGCUGGGACUGAUGUUUUUCUGCACUUUGACGUAACACACAUAUUUACAUGAACGUAUAAACUGAUGUAGUCGGCUGCAUGAUGCUUGAUUCUUCAGCUGUGGCCUUUAGACUGCUGUAUAACAUGAGCUCAUUUACUUAUUAUGGUUGUCGAAGUCUAUUUUUCUAUAUUUAAUAGGUUAGAUCAUGUAUUUGCCAUCAGUUGCUUCAGAAGCACCGACAUUCCACUCUUGGAUUGUUAGAAAUGGGAUUUUACGUCCCCGUUUUGUUAUUUUUCAACGUAGUGCUCGAGUAACUAAGAGAAAAGAACUGAGAGCACAUCAAAUGCUGCACGUUUCUCACUUAAAGUAUUGAAACUUAAAUCCUGUCCCUGAAAGGUGGACUUGCAAACUACAUUUUGUAGUCUGUGAUGUCUAUCAAAGCACUUAAAAAUGACAGAAAAGAAUCUGUAUGUCCAUAUUUUUAUACAUAUUUCUUCAUGACUGGCUUGAAUGUUCUUGGAGUUUGAUUCAUGUAGCUGUUUUUCUUCUGGAUUGUUCCUCCGUAUCAUUUUGGCUUUAAGGAUUGUUAGUAUUUAAGGGUCAGAGCUGAUUUAUCUGUUGAAUGUACAAACCUUUCUACCACAUCACUGUUUGUCAUUCUAGUCAUAAACUUUAAUAAACUAUUUACUCAAA